AUGCCCGUCUGGCGCCGUCCCAAGGCUGUAGCACUGGGAAACUUAGAACUCCCCACUAAAAGGGGUGAAUGUCAGCCUAAUUUGUCAUUGCACAAGGACGCACACAAGCAUUUUGCAACCUGGUUCAAGAUUACUAUCUCAUCGUCGUGCUCGACACCGCCACAAUAUCCCCCGAUUAAGAUGCCUGAAGCGGCAGGUGGGCAAGCGCGGAUCGAGCCUAUCAUGUCGGUGCAACCUCGUAGUGGGUUUGGUAUCAGCUUGUGGACUUACUUAAGGUAG